CACAUUGAUGAUGCACUUGUCGAAGCUCUGGUAACCAACUCGAUGCCAAGCCACAGAACGACGCCAACGACAACCUCGCACACGGCACCCGGUCCAAGAGCAAUUGGCUCUUUCCGCCCUCGCCAUUCCUUUGUCUGCCGGAGAGUCUUCUUUUCCACCACCAUGCGCCUCCUGGCAACCGUUCUCUCGCUGGUGGCCCUGCUCGGGGCGGGCCCCGGCGGCGCCCUCGCAGCAUCAGCAGCAGCAGCAGGAACCAAGAAGUCCGCCGAGGAGCGCUUCCAGCUGUACCACGGCAAGGCGCUCUCCUCGGCGCCCAUCAAGCUGGGCGACGCGACCUACCGGGAGCUGACGGCCGUGCCGCGCGACUACGCGGUCGCCGUGCUGCUGACCGCCAUGGACUCGCGGUACGGCUGCCAGCUGUGCCGGGAGUUCCAGCCCGAGUGGGGCCUGCUCGCGCGCAGCUGGACGCACGGCGACAAGAAGGGCGAGUCGAGGAUCGUGUACGCCACGCUGGACUUUACCGACGGGCGGGACAUCUUUAUGAGCCUGGGCUUGCAAACGGCGCCCGUCCUGUACUUUUUCCCGCCCACCGUCGGCCCCCAUGCCCCGGCCUCGCCCGAGCCGAUUCGAUAUGAUUUCACAGGCGGAGCCCAAGCCGCCGAGCAAGUCCACAGCUGGAUCGCGCGCCACCUGCCCGACCGGCCUCACCCGCCCAUCCGGCGGCCGAUCAACUGGAUGCGGUGGAUCGUGACCUUCGUCGCCCUGUCCGGCGGCCUCACCGUGUCUUACGUGGCCUGGCCCUACGUCCUGCCCGUCAUCCAGAACCGCACCGUCUGGGCGGCCGUCACGCUGAUCUCCAUCCUGCUCUUCACCAGCGGCCACAUGUUCAACCACAUCAGGAACGUCCCGUACGUCGCCCCGGACGGGCGCGGCGGCAUUAGCUAUUUUGCGGGCGGCUUUCAGAACCAAUACGGUCUAGAGACGCAGAUUGUGGCUGCGAUGUAUGGUAUCCUCGCUCUUGCCGGCAUUACCCUGGCCAUCAAAGUUCCCCGGAUCAGCGACCCCAAGACGCAAGCCGUGGCCCUCUUCGCCUGGGCCAGCGUGCUCUUCAUUGUAUACAGCUUCCUCCUCAGCGUCUUCCGGAGGAAGAACGGCGGUUACCCCUUUUCGCUGCCGCCUUUCAUGUGAGGCGGGACAAGGGUUGCUGCGCUGCUGCGUGGUGCCCCCUUCAGGUCCUCCCAGGCGACGGAGCCGGGAGUUAGAAGAUUUGGAACGCGCCGCUACUUCGUUGUAUGUUUGAAAUCGAGGUUCAUCAGUUAGUGGCG